GCAACGAGCAUUUUGAUAACAAACAUAUCCAAGCUAUAUACACAAUUUAAUUUGAUUGAUCAUGGACCAUGAACAAUUCGAUCGAGUCAGGUUUUUCGACAUUCCUUCCCAAAUGCCCGAAAUAAUUAAGAAUAAAAGGGGCCAGGCCAUUGCAACGUUUUCUAUUCUUCAUCCAACAAUUUCAGUCGAGCUUUUGCCGAACAAUGAUAAUUCAGGGCUUGAUUAUAAUAUAACCAUAAGGUUUAAUUUACAAACAAGCAUUUACAACUUUCAGUCUACCCAAAAGUCCAAAUUCACCAAUCCACUUUUCUUUUACUCCAUAGUGCUUCAGUUUAUCUACGCCGACGACAUGAAUUAUGUGGCAGAGCCUGAAUCUGAUCCUAGUGGGGCAUUCACCGUGACUGAUGGAAGCAGCAAAGCCACCGAAGUACAGGGGAGCCUGGAGGCUUCAGACAAAGGCCAAGGAGGCUCUAUUCGUGUCCACUGGACAAGAGGCUCAACUUGCACGGUUGAACAGAAACUUAGAACUUGGAGCUUGACAGUGAGCGAGCAACGUACGUGA